AUGGCGGCUGUUAAAACACAUCACGGAUCACUAUCCCUAACAACAUCUUCCAUAAAUACCCCAUCAUUUGGUCUGAAUCCGUACUCAAAUCCACUCUCUAAAAUCAGUCUAAGCUAUCAAAACAAGUUCAAAAUUCGGAGAUGUCGGGAAGAGGGAAAGGGAGGCAAGGGAUUGGGCAAGGGAGGAGCAAAGCGCCAUCGUAAGGUCCUCCGAGAUAACAUCCAGGGUAUCACGAAGCCGGCAAUUCGGCGCUUGGCUCGUCGAGGAGGAGUCAAGCGUAUCAGCGGUCUAAUCUAUGAGGAAACCCGUGGAGUUUUGAAGAUCUUCUUGGAGAACGUGAUUCGUGAUGCAGUUACCUACACCGAACAUGCGAGGAGGAAGACUGUGACUGCCAUGGAUGUGGUGUAUGCACUGAAGAGGCAGGGUAGGACUUUGUAUGGAUUUGGUGGUUAAAUGACUUGGGAAUUGGAGGGCUUUCGGGGAUUCGAUGCCAUUUCAUCAAGAAUGUAUGAACUUAGGAUUAGGGUUAGGGCUUGUAUUGGGAUUACUGGAAAUUUGACUUGUUUUACUU